AUGGCCAAGUUUUCUAUUAUUGACCUGUGUCCGGAUCUCAUAGAUGAGCCUACGUCAACUGCAUAUGGGAAGGAGCAAGAUGUAAGUACAAUCAUCUCCGAAACAGCUUCAAACAGCGUCAACGAUGAAUAUGCUCACCAAGGUUUUGAGGAAGGUUCUUCAGAAAGUGGUGAUAGUAACAAGAACCCACUGAAAUCGUGUGAGAUAACAUUCCAAGACGCUGGGAAGAACUCUAAUCUAAAUGACAAGCCUCCAUUUUCGUACAAUGCUCUUAUUAUGAUGGCAAUCAAGAGCAGCAGCGAAAAGCGAUUGACGCUGUCAGGCAUAUACGACUACAUUAUGACUAAUUACCCCUUUUAUCGUGAAAACAAACAAGGCUGGCAAAACUCUAUUCGUCACAACUUGUCGCUCAACAAGUGCUUUGUAAAAGUACCUCGGAGUUAUGAUGAUCCGGGAAAAGGGAACUACUGGACGCUAGACGCAAAGUGCGAAGAUGAGGUCUUCAUAGGUGGCGCCACGGGUAAGCUUCGACGUCGUCCUUCUACGAUGAACCGAGCUAGAAUGGAUGUGCUCAAGCAGUACGGCCCUGGAACGGCAGCGAUAUUCCCUCCUCACAGUUUUACAUUUUCCUGUUCUCCACCUCAUCAACAUCCGUUUUCAUCACGUCCUCUCCUGUCAUUGCCGACAUUUUACGCGCAUGCCGAUUUCAUGCAUCUUUUUCUAGCCCAACAACAACCACAGCACUUCUUGAAAAAGGUUUAG